GGUUGAAGUUCAGUGCAGCUCUGUAAUAAACCGGCCCGUCGGGUGCAGUCAUCAGCUUCAUCAGUCCCAAUACUGAAAGCCUGGAAGCCAACAGCAAGGAAUGCAAUAACCACACCCUUCGAUCGCGCACACCAUCUUGCUUCUUUGCCCUGGUUCCCCACAUUUUAACCCCUGUCGUCAACCCUCCCGCCCUGCAUUUUUCACCUCAGCCCCAGAGGCCUCACUCAAACAGACAGAGCCAUCUCCAAACCCUGCGUUUCUGGAACCGCACCAGCAACGGAAGAGUGAGAUACUAGCUAGACUAGGAAUGAGCCGCCGCGCCGAUCGCCGCUAUUCAGCGGGCUUCAACCCUGGCUACGAUUACGGCUCCAUCCCGUGGGACGUCAGGACAGUACACGGCGGCGAUGAUGAUGAUGUCAGGAACCCGGGCCUUAGCGGAUGCAUUUCGGCCAGCGUGAUCGGCUAUGGAGACAGCGUGGAACUUACUCACCGGCCACGGAUUCGGCGUCGGGACAGAGACUGGAACAGGGACCGGGACAGAGAUGGCAGCAGCGGCAUCAGGUCCCGAGCAAGCGGAGACCGAUCGUCAUUUUCAGACCGCGAGCGUGAGAGGCUCAAGCAGCGCAUGUGUCUGGAGCGAAAUCAAUCAAACACCUCGUCGACGACGUCGUCGUCGUACUAUCAUCCACGGCAGCAGCAUCAUCAAGCCCGCACCAGGUCACUCUCGCUCGGCCGCGGGUAUUCGUACUCGUCUUACUCGUCUGCUGACUCGGAAGACGGGGCGCUUGAGCGUGACGAUGCAUGGGGAAGCGCCACGGUGAUCUCCCCCGGGCGCGGGUAUUACCACCACGAGCGUCUGAGCCUGUCCAGCCCGAGGGUUGAGCUUGCCGACGCGGGCUGGCCGCUGGCUAGUUCGAGGCCUGCGUCGCCGCCGCCCAGUUGGCAUCGACCAGGGCGCAGGGAUCGGUAUGAGAGGGGGUAUGUCAUUGAUUCCCGGCAUGGGCAUGAUGGGUUGAGGUUUGGAAUGGGGCCGCUGGGAAUCGACAUCACUGAGGAACCGCUGCCGAAUCCGAGAGUCCCGUCGACUAGAAGUACGAGUUAUGAUAGACCUAGGGAUGGCGCCGCCCGGUCAAGGAAAGCCGCUGCAAGUCCCGCGCAGAGUGUGAGGGCUGCUUCGUGAGUCGACUUUCAUACACCGGCUGGCUCUUGGUUUGAUUAGCACGCACACAAAACGGAUUUUCUGACAAGGCGCAGCAAAUUCCGGCCUCCCAAGGUGCAAUACAACCAGGUUCACGCCUUGAUCCUGACCUGGUCAUUUCAUGAUCUCAGGACGGAGGAUUACACGGCUCCGCCGACGUCUGAUUAUGUUUCUCUCGAAGAGGAG